AUGGUGGAUUCUGAAGCUCUUGGGGAGCAAGAGAGAAAAAAUGGGUCUUCAGUGAUUGUUGGAAAUAUGUACAUGGAAAAAUUUCUAAUCAAAGUUGCGUCAAUGGGUGACUGUCCUCCUAGCCUUGAUCGUUUGAUGGUGGAACAGAUGAUCGAUUUAGCUGGAGCAGAUUCUUCAAACCUGAAAGUUAUUUCCGAAACAGUGCCUAAACUUAAUGUGCAUUCCUCGAAGUUCGCAUGUAUCUUCUGCUUAAAACUACUGCGUAAGCUUUUGAGGCGCGGCAUUGGAUUUGACCGCAAGGAGAAUGUGACGAGCUUUUUACACAGAUGCCUAAAGGCUGUCAGAAUGGAAGACUUUUCAUUCCUUUGUGCGAUUUUUCAACUGCUAAGCGUACUCGAAGGUCAAGGCAUUGCAGAUGAAUUCCAAACCGACGCUUGGAAUUUGGCAAUUUCCUGUCUUAAAACUGAUGGGAUGACCAUAUUCGUUAAGAAAGCAACUUGCGAAUACUGUAAAUUAUUAAUUGAAAAGAAGGAUUGUAAUUUGGACUUUGCGCCUCUUGUAUCAGUUUUGUGCAGUGGAGACGAUUCUUUCGACUGUAUUUCCGAAAUAUUUGUCGCUCAUCCCGAAAUGAUUAGUGAAGCUGCAGCCGAAAUAUUCUGCUCAAAUGCUUUAAAGAAGCGAAGCUUUACACAUUCUUACGUGGAAUUAUUAGCUGUUUUGUUUGAAAAGAAUGUUCGUCUGAUAGAUUUGGUUACUUCCAAGAAAUGGAUUUCUCAACGGUUGAAGUUGAACGUGCUUCGAUGUAUGGUUUCAAAUGGGUGCAGUGGUAUCAUGAAAGAUUUACUUCAAGAAAGAAACUUGACCCUAGGAGACUUGUUGGCCUGUUUCAAAUAUCUAUCUGAAAAAGAACAGACUAGUUACUUGGUAGAGUGGAUUCCAAAAUUAAAUGAUCUUGUUAUUUGCCCUAAAGAAGAUGUGGUAGCUUUUCUACAGUCGCCUUGGAUUGACGAAAAAAAGUACGACGAUAUUUUCGACAGUUUACUGGAACGUUUUUGGAAAUCUCCUGACCUUUUGAGAAUUAUGUUGCAACGGUAUGGAAACUGGGCCUUGAAGAAACAGCAGUCAGUAAUUAAUUUAGCUUCAAGCAGUUUCUCAUCACCGGACUGGGAAAGGCGUGAUGCUGCUAUUGAACUUUUACGGUGCCUUCCAAAAGUUGCUUUUAGGGAUGGUAAGAGAUUGAAAAGAGCUUAGCUGGAAGCAGCAGCAGUAUUGAUACGGAAUUUCCCAGAAUCACAGAAAUGGUGUCUUGAAAUCUUACCAAGUAUUUUAAAUGACGGUGAUGUCGAGAUACAGGAGAAAGCUUUAUCAAUGGCUUCUGAGUUAAAUAAAUUGGGUGGAGAAAAAGCAGAAAUUGUAAGGACAUAUCUAAAUAAAAUUUACGAGGAUGAAAGCACAUGGCGAAGAAGCGAAAUAAAUGGAAUUCUCAAUAAUAGUUCAACCCUUAAUGGAAAUAAGUGCUGCAGUGUAAGCGCUAUUGACUUGUUAAAAGACGCAUUAGAAAAGCUAGAACUUCCAGCAGACGAAGCAGGCAAUGAAAAUGUUAUGGAUUGUUACUAA